AUGACUGAAACAUUUGAAAUUUAUGAGGCUGAACCAUCACAUAAGAUGGAUACUAAAAAUAAACUAGAUGCUGUUUCCAAUGAGGCAUUAACUAGUCCAAAAAAGACUGAUGAAAAUUCUGAUACCAAUAGUGAAGAUCAACAUUCAGAAAACAUCAAAUUUUUUGAUGUGCAGAAUGAAACUUUUGAAAAUGGAGAGUUCAAAAGUCUAGAAAACAUAGUAGAAGAACAAAAUCAAACUACUGACUCUGGUAGACAUUCACUAGAUUUUGAUUUACAAAUAGGUGAACCUGUUCAUAUUAAGGUAUCAACAUAUCCAAAACCUUUAUUAUGGAAUGAAUAUACAAGUUUAGAAGUAAACAAAGAGAAUUCAGUAGAGGAUCCUUCAACCCUUCAUAUAAAUAACAAAAAUAGUGAGCUUGAUGACUCAUUUGAAAUUCUAAAUCCAGUGAAGUCUGAUUCAUCUGAAGACUCAAGUCAAUCAUCCACUGACUCAAAUAGAGCAAGUAUAGAUUCACAAUCAUCAGAUGAUAACACAAAUGCAGGACAUCAAAAUUUAAAUAAUAGUGAUAAUCUCGUAAAAUUCGAAAAUAUUGCUAGUCUUGCAAGUGAAGAUUCUUCUAGUGCAGGGGAUACUGAUUGUGCCAAUAAAUAUAAAAAUCUCCUUUCUCUAUUGAAUGAAUAUAGACAAUCCACUGAUUCAACUAGAAAGGUACUAACUAACUUGGUAAGUCCAGGAAAGAAAUUACCAUAUGACAACUUAGAUAUAGAAUUACAAAAUCAAGCUGACAGUGAUAUUAACAUCAAUUAUAAAAAUCAGCUUCAUCUAAAUGGAAAUGGGCUGUCUACUGAAUCAAGUGGACCUAAUAAUAAAAUAGAUGUUGAAUUUCAUGAUGAAACUGAAAGUGAUGUUACUGUAAAGUACAAUUAUCUCCUUUCUCUAUUAAAUAUAGAUUCAGCUUAUUUUUCUUCAGAUUACAUUGACAUUGUUGUAAUAUACAAGCAACUUAUUUCAUUAUUAAACCUAAAUGAAACACUUCACUGUUCAGCUGGUACUGAUUAUUCCACAAGAUACAAAAAUCUCCUUUCCCUAGUGAACGAACAUAGAUGUGCUACUGAGUCACUUAUAACAAGUACCAUAAAGAAAUCUACAGGUGACAACAUAGAUGCCGAAUAUCUGAACUCAAACGAUAUAAAAAGCUCUCCAAAUGGUUUUGCGGAAACUAAUAAGAUAGUUAAAAAUAUAAAAGAAAAAGACAUUGUUUUAAGCGAAGAAGUGAUUAAAGCAGAAAUUGGUGAAGAUAUUAAUAUUGGUCAAGCUACUGAAAAAAAUAAAAGGAUAAAAGUCAGUGUUUUUUCAGGAAAAAUCCAAGCUGUCGAAUAUCUGAGCUCAAGUGAUAUAGAAAGCUCUUCAAAUGAAAGCUCUUCAAAUGAAAGCGAAGAAGAUAACAAGUUCAGAGGUGAAAACCUAGGUGCCGAAUAUCUGAGCUCAAGUGAUAUAGAAAGCUCUUCAAAUAAAAGCGAAGAAGUGAUUAAAGCGGAAAUUGGCGAAGAUAUUAAUAUUGUUCAAACUACUGAAAAAAAUAAAAGGAUAAAAGUCAGUGGUUUCACAGGUGCCAACCUAGAUGCCGAAUAUCCGGACUCAGAUGAUAUAGAAAUUUCUCCAAAUAGGAAUGAAGUUCAAGGAGAGACUAGUGUAUUUGAAAAACCAAGUGAAACUGUAAAUGAAAAUAACUGUUUAUCCAAAGACUUAUCUCAAAAAGAACCUAGUGAUAUCUUAAAUAAAUGUGUCAAGUUAGAUAAUAUUCUUAUUAAGGAUAGAAGUGCAAUUGAAGGUGAUACCACUAGGACAGAAAUUAUUUCUGUAAAAAGUGAAGAAGGUAGUGAACCUGUUGAAGGUAAUAGUCUCAAAGUUCCUGAAAUUUCUGGGGCGAAGUUUUUAGAAAUAUCUGUUCAUAAUAGUUCUAAUGAACUUGAUAAAACUACUUCAUGUCUAGAAGAUGAUGUGUGUCUUAACAACUCAACUUUAUCACCAAAUAACUCAUCUGAUGCUCCUGAAGAGUUAAUAAAUGGCAUUCCUGCUGUGCCAGUAAAAACAGAUAGUGAUAAUCUUGAUGGAACAUUUGUAGCAGAUAGCAAUUGCAGUACCUCAAGUGAGGCUCUUAAUUGUACAAAAAACAGUAGGCAGAGUUCCCCAGUAAAAGGUGACACUGAAAUCUUAAAUAAAUCUUUCAGUGUUGAUACAAAUUCAAAUUUACCCAAUAAUAUCUCCUCUGAUGCUGUUAAAGACUUGAUAAACAGUAAUACAGAGAUAAUUGGAUCAACCAGUGAAUCUAAAGAAAAUGCAUUCUUUACCCCUUCAGUUGAUACUUUCUUUAGUCCUAUUUUUGUAUCCUGUUUGUCCUUCUCUUUUUUGUGUUUUCUUAGUAGAUAUACUCUUUUGAUGACUGACAUGGUAGAUAAAUUAAAUCAACAACAAGCUGAAAUUUCAGACCUAAAGCUAAAACUUAACGCAGCUCAGCAGCAUAAUGCUUCUCUGGAAUUACAGAUUAGACAGAAUGAAGAGAUAGUGAUUAAAACACAAGCUGAGGCAUUAAGAACUGAGCAAAAUUAUCAACAGGAAGUAAAACAACUUAAGCAAAAACUAAAUGAAAAUUCUAAAAUUAUAGAGAAAGAUAGAAUUAAGGAAUUAGAGGAGCAGCUAAAGGAUGCUAAAGCUAAAGAAGCUAAACUCACUGUUGAAAUUUCACAGAAAACCAAGGAAGAUUUAAAUUUUCAAAAAAUAAUGGAUCAAUAUGAACUUACUUUAAAAUCUCGUAUUUCUGAAACUAAAAGAUUACAAGAAGAAAGUGAAACUACAAGGACACAUUUAACAAAUUUGGAAAUAGCUUUUUCUGACGUGCAUUCCAAAUAUGAAAAGACUAAAGCCGCCCUCCAAAGAGUCAAGGCAAAUGAGGAAGCACUCCUCGCAGACUUAGAGCUGGCUCAGUCAACAAAUAUACAGCAUGAAGAACGUUAUGAAUCUCUAAAGGCGCAUGCCAGGACUCAAAUUGAAAAGUCAAAUAAAGAAAUUCAUGAUGUUAAAGAACAACAUGACAUCGAAAUUAACAAAUUAAGAGCAUUCAUCAGACGAUUGGAAAUAAAGGUUAGUUCUCUAGAAAUAUCACUCCAACAGAAGACAGAAGAAUGUGAACAGCUUUCAGCACUUUGCGACGAAGUCACUGGCAAAAAUGUGUAACAAAAUCCAUGUAAAGAUUAAUCUGUUUUACUUAACUAUAAUAACCUAGUCACAGCUGAUGAUUUUCAACUACUCCGGACAUAUGUUGAAUUUUCUGUUGUAUGAUAUAUCUAUAUGGAAAAUAAUUAUCAAUUGCAUAAUACAAGUGUAAAAUAUUAGUGACUGGCAUCACAUCAAGUGCAAUUAACUUGUUUUUUGUGAGUUCGAUACACUAUCUUUUCUAAAGCCAUACAUUAAACAGGAUUUUUUUUAUUAGGGUUAAAGUAACAUUCAUAUUUUAUGGUAAAUAGGUUAUGUCACUGCAAACCUUGAAGUAUCUACAGCUAUGCUGCUUGUAAUCAACGAAGGCAAUAACUAUUAAGAACAAUUUGUCUGCCUUAAAGUUGUUGUUUGUUACAACUCAAAAUGAUUACACUCUUAAUUGGUUUUAGUAAAAUUAAAAAUAGGAAUUUGAAUUCAAAUCACUGCUAGAUAUAGAAAAUAUUUCAUCGAUAUGUAUUGUUAGAUUACUCGAUCAUUUGUCUUCCAUAACCCUGCAAUUUGAUCUUUGGUUGUGACGACUCUAUUCAAUAUUUCUUGAAAAUUUAUUUAACUUGCUCUUCAAAUCUGCGUGUCUACUCUUUCUGAUAUAUUUUUUUACAUAACAUUACUGUCUAUUUGCGUAACCUUCAUUGUGCUUUGCGCAUAUUUGUAUAUAUUGUAAGAUACUUCAGAGGGUUGUAAAAUAAUCAGUGAGAAGUUUAGUACCUUUCGAUUGAGAAGUAUGGUACGAUAGCGGCGUAUUCAAGACUUUUUCAGCGAUAUAAAAACUUAAUACUAAAUGCUAUCCCCAAAAUUAUUCUCAAAUCACUAUUUUUCAUUAUUUAAAUUUUUUUUUUUUUUUAAUUUUAAGCAUUUAUCCCUGAAGCAUGCUCUAUUGGAAUACAUUAGUCAUCGUAUUUUACCAUUUCCUAUAUACUACAGUUAUUUUUUGUUAUAAUUUGUGUUGUAAAAAUACACUGGCAAGUAAAAAGGUUUCAUGUAGGUAUUCUCUCGCUAUGUGAGGUCAUCUUGCACAAGCCCGAGAAUAAACAAGGCUAUCAUUAGCGCACAUUCCUCAGUUUGGCAGAAGACAUUUAUGACCGAUAUCUGCUGCAUGUGUAUACGAAACGCCAAGAAUAAAUAAUUCCAGACCACAGACCAUAAACCCGGAAAACAAUAUACAGUCCCUGGCCAUAUUAUUAUGACCACCUAUGAUUUUUUACAAAAAUCGGCUUCUUCACAACUUUUUGUUUAGAAAUUUAUUUUGAAAUUCAAUUUUUUUAUGUAAAAUGCUUAAAUAAUAAUAUAUUUAAUAAUAGACAGCAAUAAAACAUUUGAGAAGAUUACAUAUUUAUAUAAUUUUUAAUAUUUUGUUGUACCCCCUUUGUUUUGAUUACCGCUUAUACCCGUCUUGGCAUACUUUCAAUGCAGCUAAAGGCACUUUGCUUCACUUUUUCGUUGUGGUUCCAAUGAUAUUCUCAACCAGGAAUUUUUUCACUGAUUUUGCAGUAUGACAUGGUGCUCCAUCUUGCUUAAAUAUGCAUUCUUGAUUGGGAAACCAUUCAUGUACUUGAGGUAUCAGUCUAUUCUGUAAUAUUGAUAUGUAUUGAUCUUGUCGCAUUAUUCCCUUAACUAUUUGAAGUCUACCAAGUCCCUUACCGCUAAUGGUAGACCACACCAUUAUUUUUGUUGGAUGUUUUAUAGUUUUAAUAACACAUUCAGUUAAAUACUUUUCUUCUGGUCUUCGUUUAAUAUAUUGAGCUUUAUUGGUUAAUAUUUCAAAAGUACUUUCGUCACUGAAACAAACCUGUCAAAAAUGAAAAAUUUUAGUUUAAUCAUGUUUUACAAACUAUAAAAAUGCCAAACCUUUUUCCACUGUUCUACAGUAAAGUUCUCGUAUUUCUUUGCCCAAGCUAGUCUUUUUUUCUUUAUAUUUUCUGUAAGAAGAGGCUUUUUAGCUGGACGUAGGCUUUUGAACCUCAACUCCAUUAAUUUCCUCCACUAAUAAUCUCCACGCGCCCCACGUGGUGUAAUAACUUGUUUUCUGCCACAUUUACCUUUACGUUUCGGUGUUAAGGUCACUCUGCAAUAUCAUUCUGCAAUAUUUGCCACAGAUGUCUUGGAAACUUGGAUUUUGGAAGCAAUUUGGUGUUGGGAAAGAUUUCCAUGCAUUAAAAGUGCUUUAAUGUCACCAAUUUUUUUUUAGGUGACGGAUCUUUUUUUCCCAUGUCUAAAACAAGGAAAAGUUGAAACCCCAUUUUAAAAACAACUAUUUUAACAAAAAAAAACCUCAAAUUUAAAAAUAAUAGAGUAUUAAGUUUUAAUAAUAAUAUUCAGAAAACUAACAAUUGGUAAAAAAGGUCCUUUUAAACGCUGCUUGCGGUCCAGAGUAAACGUAGCUCAAUUGAAAAUGCGCGGUCUUUGCCUCUUUCACUACCCUUAUUCCUUGAUUAGAGAAAUGUUUACACUCUUAUAAUAUAUUGGAUGAAUAAGGUACUUGAAAUGUUAACAUUCAUAUUAAACCAUAAUUAAACUCAGUUCGGCAUAUAUUUAUGCUAAAAUAAAAAUCCCUAAUAUAAAUUUAUUGAAUUGGAUGGGUGGUCAUAAUAAUAUGGCCAGGGACUGUAAUAGAUUAAUGUUGCUACAGGGAUAAGUGUUUUAUUCUUAGCUUCACGAAAUUUUUCAUUCAAGAAAUGUUAAAUAGAUGUUAAACUAUGAUUCAUUAUUUUACGAGUUUGUUCAGAUUUGAUGUUAUUCUUGUAUUCGAGUGUGUUAUAUUGGCACUUUUUGGAAGCUAUGAGGUUUGAAUUGUUAAUUUGUAGAUUGACUCAUAGAUGAUGUCCCAAAUGAACUAAUAUCUUGUAUUCACUGAAGUAUGUUUACCUGUUUUUCCAUAUAAAAAUCCUACACGCAGUAUUCAAUAUACUUUUAAUUUUAUUAAUAUGUUACAAACUUUCUUAAGUUCAGUAUUAAUGUUUUAACAGAGCUUUAAAUAGCUUUAACUUAACCACACUAAGGCGGUUGUAUUUAAUAUUUUACUAUAACAAAAUGGAUCUAGUUUGGCAACUUUCUGCUUAUUUUUUUAUAUUAGGCUUUUAAAUAUUAGUAAUAUCUUUAGUAAUUUAUUUAUAAAAAUAUAUAAAAAGCUUUACAACUCAGGCUACUUGGCAAAAGUUAGCUCUGAAAUUGUGUUUUGUAUUUUCUAUGUAUUGAUGUAUUGAUAGCUCGCAGAUAAAGGAGACAUUUUGAUACAGUAAUUUGUAGUCAAUACUUAUGAAGAUCUUUUAAAAAUUGAACAUAAAAUUUUUUUAAUGACUUUUAUUAGAAGACUGCCAAUUACUAAAUAAUAUUACACCAGCUGUAAGUCCUAUAUUUAUCAAAUGAAAAUGACAAUUUAUAUAAUAUGCGGACCAUACAAAUACAAGCUAAAAUGCUAUGCUUUUAAGAAAGUAUAUCUAGUGCUAUGUAAUGAUAAAACAGAUUAUUUACCAUGUUGAGCAGAAAGUUCUCGAAUAGGUUCAUUUCUUUAAUAUGGUGUAAAAAAGCUCUCUGUUGAUAAAAGGAGAAUUUUGUGGUCAGCUUGCGGCUAUUGACCAAUGUUUUUAGUAUAUUAAAGAGAAAGAUAUUUUUCACUUCAUUUUUGUCCUAAUUCCUAUUUGUAGAAUAUUUACUCUUCCUAUUGCAUUCUCAUAUAGUUCUAAUUUUAAAUUUUAGUGAUACUAGAGUCCCUAUAUAACCAUUAACAUUAACUUUUGUCUGAUAAUAGUUAUAUAUGAUAUCUAGAAGAGGCUUUAUUAAUAUAGUGUUGGGAUUAUGUGUCAGAUAAAGCACUGCGUUAAUACAUAUAUACAUAAAAAAUAGGUUAACUUAAAUAGGCAGAACAUUAGUUUAAAAAGUUAUUCAUACGGAAUUGUAAAUUUAACUUAUUUAAAAAUUAACUAUUUUCAGAACAGAAUGGAGCAUGCUUGCUACAUACUUUUGAGUUUUAAAAACAUGUAUAUUUCUAUGACUUUUUCAUUUUUGUUAUUAAAAUUAUUUUAGUAAUGUUUGUAGUUUUAGUUCACGCAGAUUAUACGCAAAAUAUUUUAAAAUCUACUAAAAAAUUGGUUUUCAUAAAUAUAAAAAAGAAUAUGAAGUGUAUAUACCUAGUUGGAAGGACAUAAUCCUUACCUUACAAUCGGAGGUAUGUAACUACAUAAAAUUAGGAAAGUAGAAGUACAGGUCACUGAUUAAUGUAAAGCAUAUCGGCGCCAAGUGUUUUAGCAUACGCCCAACUUGAGGAACGACCACGUUACCAUAGGUGAGUAUUACAUAAAGAUUACGAAAGGAAACAAAAUAAACGAUAGAACCUCUGGAAGAAGUAAACAAAUCAGGAUAAAAAAAGUUUGAACAUCGCAUCCUGUUAAAAAUUAUUUUCCAGGUAAUCUAUGGGAAAUUAAGAAUGUCGAGACACUGAGAAGGUAAUAAAAUCAGUAGUUAUGUAUGACUGUAAACAAAGAUGAUUAUUUUUCCAAUUAUCUAUUUUUACUAAGCUGAAUGAACACGAUCACACUAACUAUAAUCUAACAAAAUGUUAAUUACUUUUUCCUUUUAAUAAAAAUAACUAAAUGUAGAUAUAUUUAACGCAUUGCUUUAUAACAAAUAGUUUAAUUUUGCAAGUGCAUCAAGUUCUUAUGGGGAAAAUUCUGAAUGAAGCGUAUAAAUGCAAAAACAGACAUUUGACCUAAAGUUGUUUUGAGUAAAUCGCAAAAAACCCACCAAAAUCUUAAAUUGACACCAAU